AUGGUGAGAAUUUUGCAAUGGGUGAAACAGUAUCCUGUGGUUCGAGGCAUGAUUACGUAUAGCUUACUCUGGCCAACGGGAUGUUUCAUUCAGCAAAAGCUGGCCGGCAAAAAAAUGAAUGAAAUUGAUUGGAAAAAGUGUUUGAGAUUUUUCUGUUACGGAGGAUUCAUCGUCGCUCCUUCGUUGUACUGUUGGAUACGAGUAGCUUCAAUUAUGUGGCCCAGACAGGACCUUAAAUCAGCUAUAGCCAAGGCUUUAACUGAGCAAAUUAGCUACACCCCGAUGGCAAUGACUGCGUUUUAUUUCAGCAUGAGUCUGCUGGAAGCCAAAACCGUCGAAGAGUCCUGGAACGAAGUCAAAGUAAAACUGUUGCCAACGUACAAGGUAGCAAUAUGUAUUUGGCCCUUUAUUCAAACGUUCAAUUUUACCGUAGUACCUGAAAAAAAUCGUGUUCCUUUCGUGAGUAUGUGCAGCCUUUUAUGGACCAUAUUUUUGGCUUACAUGAAGCAGAAAGAACAGAAAGAGUUGGAAGCAGGAAUUUUUACAAAAUGAUCAACGAAUGUACAUUUAUACGAUAGAUUA